AUGCUGCUGCUUGCUCAGCAAGAAUGCUUGUGCAUGGUAACCCCUUUGAGCUACUAGCAUUAAGUUUAGAUGUGAAAACUGGAUUCUUUAUGUAGGAAGCAGUGCUUCCCAUUCAGCAUAUAAAUUUCAAAUGACUAACUUCCAUCACAUUUCUAGCAGAUUGCCAUUUUCAGAAAGCUGCAUAUAAAUGAAUGUAAUUGCAGGGACUAAGUGUAUAAUAAUUGAGUUGAGUUAAAACACUUUUAAUAUAACUUUUGAUUCAUUGGCUGAAGUAAAAGGGUGUUAAAACAAGUAUAUAAUCUCCAAAUAUUUAUAACUAUAGCACUGUGGAAUUUUACAAGUUUUAUUCCGAAUUUGAAGUGAUAAUCAACAGAACUGAGAUUCCAGUAGUUAAAUGUAAACACUGGCAGAACUUGCAUAUAUUAAAAAUGGUGUUUAACAUAAUAUUUUGGCGUUUUAAGAGUUUAUAUAAUCCUGUAUACUAUGGCAUAGUGCUCUCUCAUUGCACACAUCCUAAAGAAAAUAUUUUGCACUGUUUUUUUGUUUACAUCCUUGCACAAUGCAUCCUGUGCAUGCAUGCUUGGAAACAGUUCCCACUGUUCAAUACAGCUUAUGCCCAAGUAUGCACGCAUAGGAUCCUGUUCAUCAAAUCGGUAUAAUAAUAUACUUUUCCUUCUAAAUCUAGGUGUUGGGUUGUUGUUUUUUGUAAUGCUUGACUGUUUUCAGAAAUGAUGUAUUAACAUUUCUGUUAAUACUACCAUUGGAUAUUUGAUCAAGAUAUAUGCACGUAAUUUGGUUUCCAUUUGUAUGUUAAGAUUAUUUAAUACUGGAUGCUUCAUUUUUGAGAAGGCUUGGAUCCAAAGCAGUUUGCAGUUAUUUCUCCUGGUGCAAAGGGGGCCUACUUGCUUCUCCAUCUGGCAGUAGCUCCCCACAUCUUUUGAAAAAAGAUCUGCGGAAAGUUGGGGGGGAUCCUCUAGAUUGGCCUUUUGGGGGAAUGGAAAGCACUGCAGUAAUUUGUUGGGGGUGGUGAUGGUGGAAUCGGCAACUUUCCCACACCACGCACGUAAAAUAGUGCUUUUUUUCUAAUGCACUGAGGUGGUUUGACUCAAAGUCCAUGUAAAUUGUGCCUAUUAGAUAUUGGGUGAUAUCUAACAUUAGUCAUACUCAAGGGAGACACCGAGUAUGACUUCAUUGAAUGGUACCCAUUGUUCUUGUAUUAAAUAUGUUAGAACUAUGCAGUUUUCAUACAUUACUAGUGAUUUAUUGAAGCUUGGAAAUCAGGGCUAGAGAAAGGUUACAGAAUUGUGUAAUAUUAUUAUAGUCCUUCAGCUGAAAACCGAAAUGUCACAAUUGCAUCAACUUGUAUACUCAGGUUUACUGUACAGCUUGUACGGACUUACACAUAAUUUAAUACUACUGAGUUCUUCUUUCUUAACUUACAUGCUUGAGGGCCUUAUAUAUAUUUUUAGGACACAGCUCAAAGAGUCUUGUUGGCCAUGUGCAAAAGCUUGAUUCUCCACAGUAUCUUCUUAGACCUGUGCUGUUCCCCUGAAUUUUUUGGCAGGUUUCAUUAGUGCUGUGGAGGCUACUUCCAGAAGCCCAGCUGUGUGUAGAGUUCACCCUCCAGCACUUUGAAUCUGGGCCUUAUUUUUAAAUGGAUGUUUACUACCUCACAUUGGGGGUGGGGGGAUAGCCAGUGUGCUAAUUGUGCUCAGAGUAGACUUAAGUCCAUUGAUUUUGACAGGUCCAUUCUGAUUAUAACUUGGUUGGAUAUCACUUGGUUGGUUUUUGGAUUUUUUUUAUUAAAAAGAAGCACAAAAUCAUGAAAUGGUACUUUUCACACAGGUUUUUUUUUAAGAGAAUGUGAUGUGGGACAACUAAAAGUUUAUGAAACAUUGUUUUGCAUUUUGUUACAGCUUAACAAUUUGUAUUUUUAAAAAUAAUUUACUUGCAAGUAUACUUUAUUUUUUAGUCACUGUUCAUGUUUAAACAGCUUUAAAACAUUGCUUGUAACCAAACAGCUUUGUUUGUGCCUUGUUCAUGUUUUUGUUAAUCCAGAUUUUAAUAAAAAUUAAUAUAUCUUACUCAACGUUUUGCUCAUUUUUCAGUAACAUUGGGGAUGUAAAAAGUUGAUUGGCCAUAAAAUAUUAGUUUACAUGCUGGAAAAUAAAGGAUAUACAAUCAGUUUAUUUUAUAAUUCUCAUGAGUACUAUGUUGAAUUUUUUUUUGCUUCCAUGUGACAGGUCAUCCUGUUGAGUAGGAGUGAAUGGUCAGCUUUCUCUGUGCUAGGUUUGAAUUUAAAUCUAGGGAUUUAUGAAACUGAAAUCAUUGCAUUUUAGGGUCUCAUCUCCACAAAAGAGAAGAGAGCCACGUUUGCUGCCAGACUUUCCUUCUUACUGCUUUUACUACAGAAGUGCUUGCACCUAAGAACAUAGCAAAGCAUCAGCUCUUGAAAUCUUGAACCACAGUUGUUUUGAAAACCCUUCUUUCAGUGACAUGUAGAAAAUUACCCUAGGGCCAACGUUUGUGCCAUUCUAAUAAUGUAACUUUAUAAAAUAGCCCUAGGCUAGCUAUUGAACCUCCAUUGUUUAAACAUAAUAGAUUUUUGAGGAAUCAAAAUAAAGAUGGAGAAGCAUACAUUUUUUUUCUUUCACCUAUGUAUAAUAUUUUCAGUUUCUGUAUGAUGGCAGGAGACAAUACUGCUGAAUACAAAAGGGAAAUAUGUCUGAAGUUAUUUCUCCAUGACACUGAAACAAAGUUACCAGUGUCCCCCCCCCCCUAAAAUUUGAAUACAACCUAUUUCCUGGGGGGUAGGGGAACCGAAUCCUUGCAAAGUUUGUGGAAGUUCCUUCCUUUCCCUGCAAUAAACCAGCUCCUUGUAGAAAGGACCCCCUUGCCCAGAUGGCAUGAAUUGGGCAGUCAUUUCCCAGUUGAGCCAGUUGCGCAUUGUCUUCAGGGCCAGAUUUAGGUCUGAUGAGGCCCUAAGCUACUGAAGGUAAUGGGGCCUUUUAUAUGUCCAGCUGCCCUAUGUCAACAAAUUGUUGCUGUUUUUUGUGUUGAAUAUAUGCUAUAUGGUCAUUUAUGGACCUAACAGGUAUCUAAAGUCAUUUGCACAUAACAAAAUAUGUAUUUUAUCAAAGUAAUUGUUGAACUGAAAUACAAUUAAGUAGUCAUACCUCGGGUUGAAGUAGCUUCGGGAUAAGUAUUUUCGGGUUGCGCGCUGCGGCAGUAACGGAGUACAUUACUUCCGGGUUUCGCCACAUGCACAGACGGUAAAAAUGACAUCUCGUGCAUGCGCGGAAGCGGCGAAUCACAACGCUUGGACGCGGGUUGCGUUUGCUUCUGGAUGCGAACGGGGCUCCGGAACGGAUCCCGUUUGCAUCCAGAGGUACCACUGUAUAUUAAUAGUGAAUUUUUUGGGGGGGGGCAAGAGAGUGGGGCCCUAAGCUAUAGCUUGUUUAGCUUAUAGGUAAAAAGCGCACUGAUUGUCUUCCAGGCACCCUUUCAUUUCCACCCACUUUUGACAACAGCAGCAACUGAAAAAAGAGACCCGGCUCUUCAAAUCCUCAUUUUAGGAUUUCCUAGUCAUGUUGGAUCUUUGAGAAGGUUCCAGUCGAAUUUUGUGGGAGAUUUUUGCAUUUCUUGGAAAGUCUACUUUUGAUAAAAGGCGGAGAACCAACCAGGAAACAACUUUCUCGACCCGACAGUUCCAUUCGCGCCGUCAUUCGGUGAAUUAAAAAAAAAAAAAGCCUUUGCGGGAAAAGGGAAAUUUUGUUAUUAAAAAGGGACGCCGAGGCCACCCGUUGCCGGGCGUUUCGAGAGGCCGCCGCCCGGGGGCGCUUCGCUUCGUGAGUUUGCACGGCGGCUUCGUGAGGGCGAGGCCCUGUGGCUGCUCUCCAUUCCGGGCGGAGGGAGAGGCAAGGCCUGGGGCGCCUCCAGGACCUGGCGGAAGCCGCCUCAGUUUCCGAGGGCCUACGAAGGUUUGCCGCCGCCGUCCUCCUCCUCCUCCCAUCCUUGGAGCUGCUUCAUUGGCCGAGAGAGAGAGAGAAGGCGGGAAAGGACGGGGAGGCCUGUAAACAACGGUGGCGGCUGGGGCCGCGCGUCUCCCACGGGGCCGCUUGAACUUGUCGGGGCUGAAGCAGAAGACGCGGCGGCGGCGGCGAGCCAAGGUUCCUCCUGUCGCCGCUCAGGAUAUAUCGCGGCUCCUGUGGGAAUCAUUGCUGAGGGGCUGGAUCCUGUCCUGGUUUUCGGUCUAGCGGGGGGGGGGGGUCUUGCCAUGGCUUAAUCUGAUCCCCGGAACGUGUUUUCAGUGUUAGGGCUCAGGCGAGGAAGCACGUGAGGUGAUUUAAAAAGAGAGAAAGCUCUCAUCUUGAUUGCUUGGGUUUAAAUAGUUUUCCUCGCGGUUUGAGGGAGAGAGAAGGAUGACUAAGGCUCAGGGUGGGCGCCAGCCCUUGGAGCCGCCUGGUUUAAUGGUUAGAGCUGACGCUCAUCAUCAUAGUGGUGCCCUCUUGUUCUUCUCUGUUCUUUUCUACUUGCACCUUGAGAUGCCCUAUCCAAGGGAUUGUUUGGAAAUGUUAUUUAAUUUCUAGGUAGUCCUCUCAAUGGAUUAUAGAUGUUGCGAGCUUCAGAUCCAAUGGGGCAGAUCAGGACCGUCAUUUAUUUACAAAUACAGUAUUUAUAUGCUGCUGUUUCAUUAAAAAGUAGCAAAGCGGUUUGCAACAGAAAUACAUAAAACUCCACAGUAAAAACCAUAUUUAAAAGUUAAAAACGGAGCAAACUUCUGUAAAACGCAGGGUUUAGGUCAGGCAUAGGCAAACCCAGCCCUCCAGAUGUUUUCGGACCACAGCUCCCAUCAUCCCUGACCACUGGUCCUGUUAGCUAGGGAUGAUGGGAGUUGUAGUCCCAAAACAUCUGGCGGGCCAAGUUUGCCUAUGCCUGGUUUAGGUACACUGCCUUUCAUUCAAAGAGCUGUUGAAGAACCGGGAAGGAUAGGUGAAUACAUGUCUUCUGUGUCCGUGUUUUGUGUGCUUUUCAUAUUAAGUCCUAUGGGAAAGAGUGUGCUGGUGGGAGGCCCAGCACCACAUCCCACAAGAUGUACCGUAUUUACUCGAGUCUAAUGUGCCAUCGAAUCUAAUGGGCACCUCAGUUUUCAGAACCUUGAAACCCAAAAAAGUAUUUCCUGGCAAAUGUACAGUAAAUGUGCCAUUGAAUCUAAUGCACACCUUAAUUUUUGCAGCAUAAUUUGGCCAAAAAAGAUGAGCAUUAGAUUUGAGUAAAUGCAGUAGGUUUGUCAGCAGGUGUGUCAGCAUUUGAAGUGACCUUGUUUCUUUUUUAAUUGAAGGGCUUUCUAGGUUCCAAAGGACCACCUCCCCACUUCAUGUGCCCAGUACAGUGGUACCUCGGGUUACAUAUGCUUCAGGUUACAUACGCUUCAGGUUACAGACUCUGCUAACCCAGAAAUAGUACCUCGGGUUAAGAACUUUGCUUCAGGAUGAGAACAGAAAUCGUGCUCCAGCGGCACAGCAGCAGUGGUAGGCCCCAUUAGCUAAAGUGGUGCUUCAGGUUAAGAACAGUUUCAGGUUAAGAACGGACCUCUGGAACAAAUUAAGUACUUAACCUGAGGUACCACUGUACUUAAUUUUUAAAAACCCACAGUGUGAUUGCCGUGCACAUUAACAAAACAUUUUUUAAGGCUUUAAUUGAGAGGAAGCGAUUGCAAGGCUUUGUUUUUGGAUGAAAGGAGGCACAUAUGCAUGUAUCUUUUGGAUAUAAAACAUAUUGGUCUCAUCUGUGGACAGCUGUUAAGGAAUAAUAAGUGCUGGGAUGAGCCUUUGUGGUUUUAAAAUAUUUUGCUGUUGUUUAUGCUCACUUCUAGAAAUCUUUUGAUCUGGCAGUUGGAUUGUGUUACUCAAAUAUGGACAGGAAUCCAUCACCACCUUCCAGCAAUGACGAGGAGGAGGAUGUCGUUCCUGGGGAUUCUAUUAGAAAUACAGUUUACAGCAAACACUGGUUUUUCAGCGUCCUUACAAAACUUAUUGAGGUAUGCUGCAUACACAUGAAAUAAUAAUAAUAAUAAUAAUAAUAAUAAUAAUAAUAAAUUUUAUUUAUAUCCCGCCCUCCCCAGCCAAAGCCAGGCUCAGGGCGGCUAACAACAAUCAAAUAAUCAAACAAUCAAAUAAUCCAACAUUCUAAAACAUUUCAUUAUAAAAAUUAAUUAAAAUCAAAUUAAUGGCAACCGUUAAGCAAAGUUCUGUGCAGGUUGCCAGAGGAGGGAGUCAGGCUGGGCCCUGACCAAAGGCCUGGUGGAACAACUCUGUCUUGCAGGCCUUGCGGAAAGAUGUCAGGUCCCGCAGGGCCCUAGUCUCUUGUGACAGAGCGUUCCACCAGAUUGGAGCCGCAGCCGAGAAAGCCCUGGCUCUAGUUGAGGCCAGCCUAACCUCUCUGAGGCCUGGGACCUUCAGGAUGUUUUUAUUUGCAGACCGUAGGUUCCUCUGUGGGGCAUACCAGGAGAGGCGGUCCCGUAGGUACGAGGGUCCUAGGCCGUAUAGGCCAAACUGGAUGUGAGGGCAACAAACAAUAUGUUUGAAUUGUACAAUGUCUAGUUUUAGAAGCUUUUAAAAUGAAUGUGUAUAUAUGUGAAAAAUAUGUAGUCUAUAAAACAUAUAAUGUAUAAAACAGCAGGUAAAAAUAGAUGGGAAGAAGCCCUGUCUAAGUAAAUGCUUGAUCUCUUGCAUCUGCAGGGAAUUGAACUGGAUGAUAUUCAAGGUCCAUUCCAACCAGUGGUUGCUGAUUUCAAUUGGAACUGUGAAAUGUGUAUUCUAAGGCUGCAGUCCUAUUUGUAUUUGCUUGGAAUUAAGUCAUGUUGACAUCAGUGAGACUUGUCUUUGAGUAAAGAUGGGUGGACUGAGGUGGGCAGGUGAUAAUUUAAAAUUUGCCAUGCUGGUGCAAAUGCAAAGUGAAAUUAAAUUAAAAUCUUGUUGGAGUUAUGCUUUAUUUGUGCUAUAAUGAAUAACAUAAUUUCUGAUUUCUAGUGAUAAACUUAUUGCUCACACUCAGGCCACUGAAACAGUAGUGUAUUGAGGUAAUACUUCAUAUUUGGGUAGAAGUUGCUCCUUAUGGGUCAAACAGGAGAAAAGUUGUGCAGUGCAGACCAAUGUGUGUUUCAGCAGACCAAUGGCUUAUUGUGCUACUUUGGUUCCUUUGUCAGUAUGUUCUUUUCUUUGGAAGGUUGUUAGCUCUAAGGAAGAUGAAUCUGAGUUGAACAAUGUUGAAGAACAAUUGGAGCUAGAUGAAGAACUGGAAAAUGACAUUUGCAAAGUAUGGGACAUGUCAAUGGAUAAGGUAUGUUUUUAGUGAUUUGGAUAUUUUUAGUGGUUGUUAUCUGUAGAUAUUUGCAGAUAUGUAUUUUGUUUUAUUCUAUGUUUAAGGUUAGCCUUAUUGUAAACAACUUCAAUUUUUUUAGAGUAAGAUAUCUAUAAAUUAAUAAAAUAAGUAUAUUCUGUAAAGGUUUGCAAUUAUCUGGGAGACGUCUGGUAUCUGUUCCUUAGAUAUUUUAGUGUCCAGUAAGCUUGUCAAAGAAGAAUCAUGCAUAGCUAUUGUUGGCUAGGAACAGCGCUGCUAAAAUGUGUAAGUUGCAAGACUGUGUUGUUUUGUGCUAUCUGUUAGCACUCUCUUUGGGCAAAAUCCAGUGUUAGUCAAGCUCAGAGUAGGCCCAUUAAAAUCUGUAGACCUAUUCUGAGUGUGACUAACACUGGAUAUUCACUCAUUGUAUAUUGUCUUGGAAGUUUUUUUUCCUGCCCUAUUUUUUUAAAAAAAAUGUGAGAUGAAUGAUGAGUACCUUCUGAAAUAUCAAUUUACUGUAGCUGGUCAAGUUGCGUAUCAUGAGAGUUUCUUGUGUGUGGAAAAACUGCUGUCCAUCACAGAGUUCUUAGGAAUUGUGGGAAUAAUCUGGGCCAGCUCAGCAAAAUACAUAGGACCUUAUUGGCUUUCUUACCAAUUUCUUAAUAUCUUGUAUUAAUUUAAGAAGCAAUUGGAUAUUUUUCUAUUAAUGGAUAUAUCAUUAUAGAUAAUCAUUAACUUUGGUGUAGGAGGGACUAAAAUGACAAGUUUUAAUGCACUGGAUAAAUAAGAACUGACAAGAUAGCUACUUAUAGUUGGGUAUGUGUAGUGGUCAUCUGAAUCUGAAUGAAAGACUGCCUUACUUUUCAAAGUGAACUGAAUUUCAUUUCUCAUAUAAUCGUCCGCUGACACAUAACCAUUCUUGUUUUCAGGAUGUUGCUUUAUUUCUGCAAGAGUUUAAUGCCCCUGAUAUAUUUUUGGGUGUCUUUGCCAAGUCCAAGAGUCCUCGGCUUACUGUAAGUCAUCUUUUGACUCUGUACCCUGUUUAUUAAUAAUGUAUUGUGCUUUUUUGAUGCGAUCCAUAUGCCUUAUGUAGGCAGGUGUAGAUGAAAGGCAAAAUAGAAAAGAAUUGGUAUUCAGCUCUACCAGUAGACAAGCCAAUAUAGAAUCAAGGCCUAUUUCUCAAUUUCCAGCAGGUUUUGUUCUUAGUCACAGUUCUGCACAAUAUUAUUAUAAAUGCUGGUGUGUGGAGGCAGUUUCUUUUGGCCUCUGGGAGUUGAUGAUGCAGUGCAGCUUCUUGCCUCCAGGAGGAAGGAAAUAGGAAGAUGAGGUGCAGAUGGAUUUGGGAGCUUGCUGAUGACAAAGAGGCUGGCUCACAAAAGCAGAACUUCCAUUGAUCUGCUGUGUUCUGGCCCUGACAGUAUACAUUUCUCUCUCUCACACACCAAGUAACACACAGUGUUACUGUGCAAAUAACUUUAUUCUUAUUUGGGAAUACUUAAUUGGUUCAUGUUCUUCCAAAAUAUCUUGGAGCACCUGAAUCUAGCCACUGCCAAAGAAGAAGACAUGGCUAAAUGUUGCUCUGCUCUGAGCCUGUAUGGCUGCUGAAGACCAAGCAAGGGUCAAAAGCACACAUGUCCUAUUCCUUGAAACUAUUUUUCUCUCUGCUACAAUCUUUUCCUCCAUUCUUUUUCUCCUUAAAUACUUUAUGCUUACUGUAGGCAAGCUCUACUUUAUGUGCUUAACCCCACUAUAUUGGCAUUUCAGGAAAUCUGUGUGGGAAUACUGGGCAAUAUGGCCUGUUGCCAAGACAUAUGCCUGUCCAUUAGUAAACAUGAGAACCUUGGGUAAGUAGUAUGCUUUUUCUUGGUUUCUCAGUGUUUUUGAAACUGUAAAUGUUUCAACUCUUAAUUGUUGUUAAAGUACUAGACAGGCACAUGUACUAGACAUGCUCUUUAUAGAGUGGGGGAAAACAGAUUCAAGAUAUUAACAUUUGUAAGACUGGACAGGAGGGUGACUGGUAAUAAGGGCAAGUAGGAGUCAGAUGACUCUGUAAGUUUUUGACUUCACUACAGAAGAAGUUUUAGUGAGAGGAAUGUCAUUGAUAUGGCAGGAAUCAGAGCCAAAGCAUAAGAGUUAUGGAGUAAAUGUAAGAAAAGGAACUGAUAGACUGAGACCUGGUUUUCUAUGCAUUUGUAUGGGGAGGGCAGAAGGAUGGUGAGGGAGAGCUUGGAGAUACUGAAAGAAUGGAGAAAGAAUUGUCUGAAAGAAUGUCUGAAAUGUAACAGUUUGAAGGAGAACAGGGGGGAGUGUGGAAAAGAGCAUAAAAUUUGUACAAUUCAGAUUGUACCAUGCACAGUCCUUUUCCAAUAGAGGUUUUUCAGCAGCUUCUCCGUAGCUUCUCCGGCAGCGCGGCAGCAGCAGGAGGCCCCAUUAGCUAAAGUGGUGCUUCAGGUUAAGAACAGUUUCAGGUUAAGUACGGACCUCCGGAACGAAUUAAGUACUUAACCCGAGGUACCACUGUAUGUGUCUCACUUCAUCUUAUGCUUGGAUAAAGAAGUUCCUCCCAGCUUACUUAUUCUUUAUUCUUGCAGCUAUAAAUAUUAGAGAUGUAUAUUUAGGAGAUGGUGGCAUGUGGUGGCGUACGUCUGGACAAAAUUUCAGAAAAAUGUAUGGGAAAUUAAUCCUCGCUGUCUCCUCAUUUUCAAUCUGUUGUCAUUUUUUCAGACAGAUGGUGCUGCAGCGUUUAUGUGAUUCCGAUUCCCCUACUCUCCUCGAAACAAGCAGGUAAGCUAUUUUGUCAGUAACUAAAAUAGCAUAAGCUACCCCUAAGUAUUGAGUUGUAGUGCAUGUAAAUAAAAUAUUAGCAGUUGUGCUUAAUUUCAUGAAUAAAGGCUUCAAUCCUACAUAUACUUACUUGGAAGCAAGUGCUAUUGAAUACAAUAGGCCUUACUUUCAGGCUUCCAAAUUCUUUUCUACCUAAAAUCACAUUUGAACUGAUACCAGUAUCCCAGAUUCUCAUUUUUAUUGUAACUCAUUUACACAUAUGGAGUUAAAAUUAAUGGUACAAUCCUAUUAUUGAGAAGCAAGUGCCAUUGACUUCAAGUGGACUUACUUCCAAGGUUGCAUCCCAAAUAUUGGCUUUCUUUUUUAAGUGUGAUUAAGUGUAAUUUUUCCCCUUUAGGUUGUUGCUAACUUGCCUCUGCCACUCUGAGGUAGCCAAUAUUUGGGUGGAAAGAAUUCGACAAAGUCCAUCAGUGUAUGACUGUGUAUGUUUCAUCAUGUCUAGUUCAACAAAUGGUAUGUUAUAAAUUAAUCUGAAUAUUGCUCCUGUCAGGCCACUUUUUGUUUCCUUAUGAAAAGGCUAGCAUGUUUCAAAUAACUCUUUUAUCAAUUGAAUGUUUUUAUAUUUCUUAAGAAAAAUGUUCCAGGCAUUUUAACUGAGGUAUAUCAAUAACUAUUUAACUCUUUUUGGUGAAUUCUUCUGAAUGCAUUGUAAUCCUAACCAGCACAGCUGUCUCCUUCCCGCUCAUGAUAGUAAAAGGGAACCCAAUUCCGUCUGGCAAGCUGCAGUACUUAUGUGGAUGAAACUAUCUUCGUGCUACUUUGACUACAGCCUUUGGGUGGAAUUCCAUGUUGGGCUAUGACAAAAGUUCCGUUCCACUCAAGCAUUGCAGGUUUUCCAGACAGAACGACCCAACCCUACCCCUUUGUGUUGUUCUGGGUGCUUUUUUGCACAAGUGGAAGUGGUGAUAGGUAUGUACUUUACAACUGUAUUGAGACAGUUGUGGGGGGCUGUAUAGAAAUGUUUGAACUAAUAAAUAAGAUCUCAAGGAGCUUAUACUAAAAGUAAGUCACAAUAACAGAUAUCACCAAAAGAAGCCAGACCAAAAAAAUAUAUCAAUUGAAACUGUUUUCUUUGUGUUGUUUUCUAAGAAGUGAGCAAGAUUAAAUUUUAUUUAAUUAGUUCAUCAAUGUAUAAAUGAGCCUUGAUUUUUGUUACAGUGGAGUUGCUAGUGAAAAUAGGUGAGGUGGUCGACAAGUUGUUUGAUUUGGAUGAAGAAUUAAUGUUAAACUGGAUUAAGAAAGGUUCUUGUCAGUCAGUGGAGCAGCCUGCGGAUGAUUCUCCAGAUGAGCUUCCAAAUUUCAAAAUUGUACCUUGCCUGCUUGAAGCUGUAAAACAAAUCUGGUAUGUAUAUGCCCAUAUCUGAAUGCAUGUGAUAUUGGAGCUACUUAUUUAUAUUUUUAUCCCACACUUGGCAGCAUACAUAGUUUCCCUUCUCCCCAUUUUAUCCUACUAGACCAAUGUUACCCAAUGAGACUCAUUGAUUAGGGGAUUUGAACCCAAAUCUCACAUGUUUUAGUCUGUGUUAUGCAUAGUGGCUUUUGGGUAUACGUGUACCAUUUCAUGGGUGCCCAAAAUGUUAUUUUUUAAAAAGUCCACACUUGACCUACCUGCCAAAGCGAUAGGAAGACUGUACUCAUAUUUAUAAGAGGGCUGUGUCUCUGUCUGUCUGCACAUAGGCUUUUUCCUUAUGGAGAAAAGGAGAAAGUCUGUUCAUGUAAGCAGGGAACAAGUGUACAUGCCUGAACAAAAAUAGCUUGUUCAAACUAUUACUGGAAAUGAAAACUCAAGAACAACUUGAGUUUAGCCGCCCUAAGAGUAAUUGACUGAGAACUGAGGUAGAAAUAUUGUAAAAAAAUAAUUCACUUUACAUAGGCAUACAGAUAUCUUGGUGGUAAUAGUUCUAAACAUAAUUUGUAAUACUUUUCUGCAGCACAGAUAAAAGUUCAGAAGGGUUUGAUGUUUAUAUGCAUAUCCUACAGCUGCUCACCACAGUGGAUGAAGGCGUUCAAGCUAUUGGUAGGAUGCUUCAAUUGCACUUUAUUGUAACAAAUUUGAAGAAUUCUUUGGUAGACGUUCUCUUCAAGUUGCAUGAGAUAUUUCUUUUUUUCCAUUCUGAAGUACAGACUCCUGGUAAUGGAAAAGAAACUUGGACUUUGCUGUAUGAUCUGUUUUGUCAUGAACUCUGCCAGCCCGAUGAUCCACCAAUUGUUGUUCAUGAACAGAAGACAGUCUUGGCUUCUACUUUGUCUGUGUUAUCAGCCAUCUUCGCUUCACAGACUAUAUAUGGACACAGACAUGAAUAUAUCAAGAUGGAGAAAAGCAAGUGUAUUUUCUUACCACAAGAGCUAAUAUUUUAGGGAUGCUAAGGUUUUUAUAAAAAACAGUGGCAGUCUGGAGUUGUGGUAUAGGUCACAGGUGAUGGGGAAUGAGAAAAAGUAUAUGUUCAUCUAGGCAAAUGUCUGUGUAGACCACAGUUGUGUGACUCCCCAGUACGGGCAAAUUUGCUUCGGUGGCUGGACCCCCUCCCCUUUUAGUGUCUUAUAUUCCUUAGUUGGGGAAUAAUUCUUUCAAUCCUCGGAAUGUUCAUUGUUUUCAUUAUAAUAAAGCAUGUAGAGACACAUUCCAUUUUUCAUCAAAGCUUUCACAUCUCAAAACCUUUAAUUACUCUGUUACUUAGGGCAGAUUACAAAAAAUGCUAGUUCAUACAUCCAUAAAGUUUUUUCUUGUUUUACCUGUCAGAUAUGCCUUUGAUUGAUAGCCUGAUUAGAGUCUUGCAGAACAUGGAUGAAUGUGGGAAGAGAUCUGUAGAAAGCUCCAACAAACCCAAAUCAGAGGAGGCCAAGAAGUUGGGAACAGCUGAGGAGGAUUUUCAUUUUAAAAUCUUGAAGGACAUCUGUUGUGAACUACUGUCCAAUGUGCUUCAGGAACUUUCUAAGGUAACAGGCAUAUGAACCUGUAGAUUCACAUGCUUUUUGUCUCUGCUCUGGUUUUAUCACUAGUGCAGUGAUGAACACGAUCAUCUUUUAUAUGGGUUACAGCGUUCAUUUUGAAAUGUUUUCCAGGGUAUGGUAAAUAACCCCUUGAUCACCUGGGUUCCAUGUGUGCAUUGUCAUCAUGUGGAGCUUUUCAUGGGAGCAUGUUAAUUUGUUGUCAUCUUGCAUUUGCACUGCAUUGUCAGCAUUUUAUUAUUAUUUUAUACAGUACUAUAUGAGCAUGUUCAUUCAGUUGGAUAGCAACAAAAUUCUACACACACACACACACACAAUAUUAUAUGAACUAAUAAUAUUUUGGUGUUUCUAGGAAAACAUACUGGAGGGGCUCAAGCAAAGCCAUCUAAAUGAACAGAAAUGUUCCUGUGCGUUUAAAAACCUUCUCCCGUUGUAUUCUUCUCCGGUAUGUAUGAUCUCUAAAAAUAAGCAAAAAACUGUUGCCCCCAGUAGGUAAAUGCAACCCUCAGGCCAAAGAAGGUUAGCCACACCUGAUUUAAAUAAUCCAUUUGAGUUCAUUAAUCUUAUUCAAGAUGCAUGCUAAAUAGCCUGGCAAUUCCUGUGGUCCACCUCACUCAACUUGUUGACACUUGUAUUUUAUUUUACACAGGUAGAGAAUUUUCUUGAAGUGCUGAAUGAAGCCGAUCAGGUCCUUGCUGACAACUUAAAAAAAGCAUUCCCAAGCUUGAGACUUCAGGCAUAG